AUGGCCAUUCUCAAAGUCCAUGCACGCCAAAUUUUUGACUCUCGCGGCAAUCCUACUGUAGAAGUUGAAGUGACUACCGAAAAAGGCGUAUUUCGUGCUGCUGUUCCUUCGGGUGCCUCGACUGGAAUUCAUGAAGCCCUUGAACUGCGAGAUGGUAUCAAGACUGAGUAUGUCGGCAAAGGAGUUUUAAAGGCUGUUUCCAAUGUCAAUAAUAUCAUUGGCCCAGAACUUAUUAAAGCGAACGUUGAUGUGAAAUCCCAAUCUAACGUUGACGAUUUCUUGCUCAAACUCGAUGGUACACCAAACAAGGCAAAGCUUGGUGCCAAUGCUAUUCUUGGAGUUUCACUUGCAGUUGCCCGUGCUGGUGCUGCCGAAAAGGGUGUUCCGCUUUAUAAACACAUUGCCGAUCUGUCGGGAAGCAAACAACCAUUCGUAUUGCCCGUUCCAGCAUUCAAUGUGAUCAAUGGUGGCUCUCAUGCCGGUAACAAGCUGGCCAUGCAAGAGUUUAUGAUCUUGCCUACUGGUGCUCAAUCGUUUGCAGAGGCCAUGCGGAUCGGAUCUGAAGUGUAUCAUGCGUUAAAGUCGGUUAUCAAGUCUAAAUACGGUCAAGAUGCUACGAACGUGGGAGAUGAGGGUGGGUUUGCACCCAACAUUCAAGAUAACAAGGAAGGUCUUGAAUUGCUCAAGACAGCCAUUGCCAAGGCAGGGUAUACGGACAAAGUGAAGAUCGGAAUGGAUGUGGCUGCUUCCGAGUUUUAUAAGGAGGGCAAAUAUGACCUCGACUUUAAGAAUCCCAAUUCCGAUUCUUCCAAGUGGCUUACAGGUGCAGGGCUCGCAGCGUUAUAUAAAGAGUUCGUUACGGAAUACCCAUCAAUCGUAUCGAUUGAGGAUCCAUUCGAUCAAGAUGAUUGGGAGGCUUGGAACCAUCUCAACACGUCAACUAACAUUCAGAUCGUUGGGGAUGAUUUAACAGUUACUAAUCCAGCAAGAAUCCAGACUGCCGUUGAGAAAAAGGCCUGCAACGCACUCCUGUUGAAGGUCAACCAAAUAGGUACAUUGACCGAGUCAAUUAAAGCUGCGAAAUUGUCUCAAAAAAGUGGCUGGGGUGUCAUGGUCUCUCAUAGAUCUGGCGAGACGGAAGACACGACAAUUGCAGAUCUUGUCGUUGGUCUGCGUACGGGACAGAUAAAGACAGGAGCGCCAUGCCGUUCUGAACGUCUGGCUAAAUAUAACCAAUUGCUCCGCAUUGAGGAAGAAUUGGGCAGUAAUGCUAUCUACGCUGGUGAAAACUUCCGACAUGCGCAUUUACUGUAA